UGUAAAUCGUGCCUGAAAUGAAAGUGUGUUUAGUGCUCGCGUCGAGAAUCAAGAUGCAGCGAACCAUCGAGCAGCGUUGUGCCAUCAAAUUUUAUGUUAAACUGAACAAAUCUCCUACGGAGACUUUUAAUAUGAUCCGUAAGGCUUACAAGAACGAAGCUAUGUCCAGAACGCGCGUUUUUGAGUGGCAUAAAAAAUUCAAAGAUGGCCGGGAAGACGUUGAAGAUGAAGAACGCGCUGGACGUCCGACAUCGACCCGGACCCACAAAAACGUGGCCAAAGUGCGACAACUUUUGAACUGUGAUCGUCGGUUAAGUGUUCGUUUGAUAGCACAGGAGUUACAUUUGGUGAAAUCCACUGUGUAUUCAAUUGUGACCGAUGAUUUACAAAUGCGGAAGGUGUGCGCGAAGUUGGUGCCGAAGGUUUUAUCAGACGAGCAGAAGGAACACCGUGUGACGAUUUGUCGUGAAUUGUUAGAAUGUUUGGAGGCCGAUCCAGAUCUUUUGGACAGAGUGAUAACCGGUGACGAAACUUGGAUUUUCGAAUACGAUCCGGAGACCAAAAGGCAAAGUGCUGAGUGGCACACAAGCGCCUCUCUUCGACGAAAAAAGGUCCAUAUGAGCAAAUCAAGAGUAAGAUCGAUGCUCAUUGUCUUCUUUGACAAAAAAGAAGUGCUCGAACGUUUGAGGAUUAGGGUCCGCCGCGUCCGAAGGGAGAUCGCCGAUACCUGGAUGCUCCAUCACGACAAUACGCCCAGUUAUACGUCGUUAAUUGUGAGGGAGGCACUGACCAAACACAACAUUGUAACGCUGCCCCAACCACCCUACAGUCCAGAUAUGGUUCCCUCCGACUUCUUUUUGUUUCCUCGGAUCAAAAAGAACCUGAAAAGACAUCGUUUCCGGACGAUUGAGGCGGUCCAAGCGGCUUCGACGAGGUGCCUGAACAGUCUUUCGGUUGGCGACUUCCAGGAGGCGUAUGAAGACUGGAAGAAGCGCUGGCAGCGGUGUAUUGAUGCAGGAGGAUCGUAUUUUGAAGAAUAUUAACUUCCUGUACAUAUAUCUUCAAU